CCUGAGAGAGAGAGGAAGUUAACAAAACGCACCUGUAAAGGUGCAUAAAUCGAUAUUGAAGUCUUUCCAAUGAAUUGAUCUGCAAAACUGACAUUGAAGUAGAGAGAGGUGAUCUUUAGAAGAAUAUUGAUCAAGGUCUUCAUGCCAUUGUAUUGGAAGAAUCCUCUGGUUUUCCUACUCUGCCUUUUAAAAGAUAUUAGUUUGGAUUUUCAAGAAUCAAGAACCAGCGAUGAAUAUCUCGGCCAUUUUGAUAUUAGCUUUGAUAUUUGGGAGUGCAAGCUCCUGUUAUUUGGACAAGUAUAUGCAUACACUUUCUGGGCCAGUUCAAGGAUUUUUAAAUGAUAUCAAUCAAGACCCCGUGGAGGUAUUUUUAGGUAUACCCUAUGCACAACCACCUAUUGGGAAGCUAAGAUUCCAAAAACCAAAACCCUUAAAGCCAUGGACUAAAACCUUGGAAGCCAUUCAAAUGCCUCCAGCAUGUGCCCAGUACACGCCAUAUCCUUUCCCAUGGGUUGAUACCUUGCCUGGCAAAAGUGAAGAUUGUCUUUACUUGAAUAUUUAUUCUCCUAUUGAUGCCAAAAACGGAAGCAAUUUGGCAGUUUUAUUUUGGAUCCAUGGAGGGGGAUUUACGUAUGGAUCCAAUCGGAUGGAUGUUUACGAUGCAAGUGCUCUCGCUGUCCACGGAAAUGUAAUUGUCGUAACCAUAAACUACCGGAUGGGUGUUUUCGGAUUUGUAACUUCUAAUACAGAAGAUGCACCAGGAAAUGUAGGCAUGUACGAUAUGUUAAUGGCACUGCAAUGGGUAAACGAUAAUAUUGAAUCAUUUGGCGGCGAUAAGAACCGAAUCACUUUGUUUGGCGAAAGUGGAGGAUCCAUAGCCAUAAGCUUACUUUGUAUUUCCCCUCUUACCAAAGGUCUGUUCAGCAAAGCAAUUUUGCAAAGUGGGACAGCUAUUUUACUCAAAUCCAACCAACUGGAGCCCAAUCUCGAGCACACUCAACGUCUAGCAGAAGCUGUUGGCUGCGCAUCUAAAGCAAAAACUAUUAAGAAUGAUCCAGAAUCUGUACUUGGUUGCUUAAGAAGCAAAACGGCCCAUCAACUUGCUCGCGUCUUCUGGUCAUUCAAUCCCACAUCCACUCGUUCCUUCUUCCCACAAUAUGGCGACGGUCUGCUUCCCAGGAAUGCCUUGGACGAAAUCCGUAAAGGCAACUUCCACAACAUUCCCAUCUUGACCGGCAACACCAGAGAUGAAGGAUCUUUCCAGAUUACCACUAAACAACCCGAAGUUUUUGGAUUCUUUGGACAUAAAAACCCCAUCAUCAACAAAACACAAGCUGAGAAUAUGAUCCGAGAGAUUUUUCGUAGCUCUGACAAUCCUGAAAAGUAUGUUGAACAUUAUCUGGGGAAUAUACCAGAUGAUGAUUUCGAUGCCAUUAAGAGGCAAGUUUACACUGCAUCUGGAGACAGCAGUCUUCUGUGCGAGACAGUCUACUUCGCUGAAAGUUACGCCGAUAGAGGGAAUGAUGUAUACUUUUAUCUGUUCGCUCAUAGACCGAGUAAUACUCCUUGGUCUUCUUGGAUGGGGGCAGCGCAUGCUGAAGAAGUGCAGUUUGUUUUCGGACGACCGAUCAGAAAACCAUAUCUUUAUGAGCCGCAAGAAGUAGCACUGAGCAGAAAAAUGAUUGAUAUCUGGACGAAUUUUGCAAAAAAUGGGGUCCCAAGUGAUUCAUUCAACUGGCCAAAAUAUUCUAAGGAAAAUCCUACUUUUGUUUACAUAGAUGCACAUUUUGAAGGAGAUAAGUAUGGAACAGGUCCUCAUCUUGAAAAUUGCAACGUCAUGAGAGACCAUUUUGGAUUUUAAAUUGUUAUGCAUACUGUUUUGUUAUAUAUAAUGCACAUUACUUAUUUUAUGCAUGUUGUUGAGAAUUUUCAUUUCUUGGAACUUCAGUUGUUACUUUCUAUAUAAUGAUUGACUGAAAGUUUUUGACCGUUGAGAAAUUUUAU